AUGACGCUGGAGUGGACGAGGCCUGACCUGAACCCCAGAUUUAUUCAUGUGAUGCGUUCUGGUCAGGAACUUGUGGAUAAAAAACACAAAACCUUUGAGGGAAGAACUUCACUGUUCCUCGAUGAGCUGAAGAACGGAAACAUCUCUCUGAAACUGUCCAACGUACAACUCUCUGAUAAAGGGAAAUACAGAUGUUUCAUUCCAGCACUGGGCCGGGAAACUUUUGUCCAACUGGGUUUUGCAUCAGGUCCUGCCUCUCCUCCUGUCAUCAGUUUAUCAGGGCUGGAUGGUCAAACCGGAGGAGUGGUGCUGCAGUGUGAGUCUGCAGGCUGGUAUCCGGAGCCUGAGGUGUUGUGGCUGGACGCUGAGGGAAAGCUCCUCUCUGCUGGACCUCCAGAGACAGUCAGAGGUCCUGAUGACCUCUAUACUGUCAGCAGCAGAGUGACUGUGGAGAAGAGACACAGCAACAGCUUCACCUGCAGAGUCCAGCACCACAACACCAACCGCACCACACAGACACACCUCCAGGUUCCAGAUGAUUUCUUUAAACUCCAGUCCAGUUCUUCUCCCGUCAUUAUUGGUCUGGCUGAUCUGAAGAGAGAAGGAGGACAUAAGAGCAAACAGAGAAACACAUCUGAGGAGAAGAGGAGGAGGGAGGAAGCUGAGAAAGAAGUCCAGACCCUGAAGGAGGAGCUGCAGACCAAGAAGAGAGAGGUUGAAUCCAAACAGUCUGAGCUGCAGGAUCUCCUUUCAGAGAAACAGAGGAAGGAGAAGGAGCUGCAGAGCCUGAAGGAAGACCUGGAGAAGAAGAGCAGAGAGCUGGAGACAAUUCAGAGGAGCAUAAACAAACCUUCCAGCUCACUGUGGUUUCAGAAAAAAGCAGAACAGAUGAAGAAGAAGAUGAAGGAGAAGGAGAAGAAGAAGGAGAAGGAUGAAGCUGAACAGGAAGUGGAGACUCUGCAGAAACAUCUGGAGACCAAACAGGAGGAAACAGAGCUCAACAUCAAAGAGUUUGAAGACAGACGAGCUGAAGUCCAGAAGCUGCAGGAGGCGGUUCAGGGGAUGGAGGCCAGCCUGCAGACCCUGAUGGGGGAUCUGGAGUCCCGCAACAUGGAGUCACAGGCAGGAGGACCAAUGGAGCCGCUCCUCACCCCCCAGACUCAGACCUCAGACUCAGGAUUUGAUAUUGAGGUCGACCAACAUGGCAAAUACAUCCAUCUGAGAAACACUUCAGCUCAGGACAAACAGCUGGGACUCUGGGAGUUACAUCUGCAGGUUAACACAAAACAACCAUCAAGUUCACAUUUAAACAACCUUUCAUCCUCCAGGCUGGAGAAUCUGUCAGAGUGAGUCCUUCUUGUUUCUCACUUCAUGUUGUUGCAUUCUUCCUGCAAUUAUUUCAUGAUUUAAAGAUUCUGCUUAUUAACCUCUUCAUAUUUUACAGAUGUGUGCACGAGGUUGUGGUUCCUCUUAUACUAACACUGACCUGAAGUGGAAGCAUCUGAAGCCCUGCUGCUCUGGAGACAGACUGCAGUUCUCUCUCUACAGCAACACUAGAGAGAUCCAACAUGAACUCUGUGUGACAAUACCCUGAACACUCUAACUCCCCUUUCUCCUGCUCUCAUGAUGCUUAUCUUACCCUGCAUUUAUCAACUGUUUUCUGCCUGGAGAGAAACAGCAGGAGUUCAUUUUGAACUUUUCCCCGUGUUGUUCAGAAGUUGUGUGCAGAGACGGAGCAGAUUUAUCAGCAACAGGAAAAAGCCACGAGAGAAAAGUUAGAGCUUUAUAAAAUAUCUGAACAUUACCAACAGGGACAGGAAGACUCAACCCUUCACUUCUAUAGAUAUGAAAUCACACACUUUACUUUCACUGUUCAGGUUUAUUCACCAGUUGGAACAUGUUGUGUUUAAAGACCUGCCUUUACUCUGUGGACACUGCUUUGAUAUUUCACUGAAUCUACUCUUUACCGUACAGAAUAUCAACAUGAAACGUUAACUAUUCCACUCUUAUUCAUACUAAAUGUGAGCUGCAGCAAGUCAUCAGAUACAAGUUUCUCAAGAAAUGAUUGUUCAGCUGAUUUCAAAUGUGCAUCAGAUCUUUGUAACUCCUUUUGUUUUGUAGACCGUGCAUAUUGUGAUUUACCAUUCCAGUUUAUGUGGUUAAGAUAUAACAAUGUGUUUGAUGUUUUGUUAACUUCUGAAUAUGUCUGAAUGAACUCAUGUGAUGGAUAACGUUUAUUUUAAGGUGUUUUAAUUAUAUGCUGUGUCGGAGCCAUA